CAUUGUGUUUUUUGAAUUUGAUGAUUGUUUCGUACCAACACAGUGCAUUACAAAUUACAUGAUCAUAUAGGCACCCUUUUGGCACGAUACGAGUUAAAUUUUUCUGUGAAAUUCUGGUAACUCCAUACAAGAAAAAUUUCUUUAGACAAUUUUCUUUGCGUGGAUUAUGUUGAUAAUCACCACUAAAUAUGCAUUAUAAAAAAAAAAAUAUUUAACCAUUGAUAGUUAUGAAAUUUACAUUAGUUAAAACAAUAUAAAUACAUAUAUGUCAAAAACAUCAUUUCUUCAAUGUACGAAACAAAAAAUUGAAGGGUCAUUCCUUAUUACAUUGUGUACAUUGUCUUCAUUUCACUAGUAUGCUUUCACUAUUAUACUUUUAGUUCUUCUUUUGGUGAUAUUUCAAUUGGUUCUGUCCAUGACCAGCCAAUUUCGGUCGCAAAUCUCUCUAUGAUUUUCUGUCAUCGUGAACCUUACGUCUUGUUUUGACAAUGUUGAGCUGAUAGGUUCAUGGUUGCUAUAUUGUCUCAUUAUGUAGCAAAUGAAGACGCCACAAUCCACACUGCAUACAAAUUAUAGGUGGACGAGAGAAAAAGCCUGUAUCAGAUUGGCGGUAGCUCAUAAUGGGUAAAUCAAAGAGAGUGAAAAAAUUGCGUAAGCAGCUAACGAAUGGACAGAUGAGAUAUGUCUCAGGAUCUUCAUUGGAGGAUUGCAACACUGAGGUUGGCGAUUCCAUCAGUCAAUUGCCAGAGGAAAUUCUUUGUUCAAUUGUGUCCUUGUUGACAUUGAGAGAGGCUGCGAGGACCAGUGUCCUUUCAAGGAGAUGGAGAUUCCUCUGGAGGAGUUUGUUGAAACUGAAUUUUGAUAUUACAAACAUGACUGGAGACACCAUCUUGCAACAGCAUGACAAGGGUAGAUUUGUGACAUGGAUUAACCAAGUUUUGAAACAUCAUGCCGGUGAAAAGAUAGUGUCAUGCAGAGUUGUUUAUCCAUUGGGUGGAGAGUAUGGUCAGGACAUUGAUCAAUGGGUUCAGUUUGUUGCAGCUAAAGACGUUGAAGAGCUUCAUAUCAAGUUGACUACAUGCCAUCUGUUGCACCAGGAUUAUACCCUCUAUGAAUUUCCUUACUGGUUCUUUGCUCAAGGAGGAAGAAGAUCUUCCUUGAAAUGUUUGUCUUUAAAUUCGUGCAGUCUGAGCCUUCCACAAAAUUUUAGAAGCUUCAGCUCCCUUGUUUCACUGUGUGUAAAAAAUACACGCGUGAGUGAAGAAAAUAUACAAAACAUGUUGUCCAAUUGUUUGUGCCUUGAACAGUUUAGCAUUUCAAAAUGCUACUGUCCAAUUCGUUUGAAAAUUGCUAAUGGAGACAAGUAUCUGAAGCUGAAGCACUUAAAUUUAACAUUUUGUCGUGGUUUAGAGGUGGUUGAAAUAUAUAAUGCUAUAGAUCUUGCAUCAUUUGAAUGUAGAGGAGAUGUCUUAAGACAGCUUUUGUUCAAGAAUAGCGCGCAGCCUGUGAGGGUAUGCUUUUUUCCUGUGUGGAAUACAUUAGCCGGUAUAAACUAUGCCUUUGGUAGAUUUGCUACAGAUUUCCCUCAACUUGAGAGCUUGUUUUUGGGUUUUGCACGCGUUGAGGGUGAUAUGAUUCCCAAACAGCUACCCACAUUCACUAAACUUAAGGAAUUGGUGCUAAUGGUCGUUAAACCAUCCCCAACAAGUGUCUUGGAAAUUACCUCCUCGCUUGUGAAGGCAUCUCCUUUCCUGCGUAAACUUCAGCUGCAUCUACCCUAUAAAUCUUACAGAGGGUGGGAAAAGAUAUCCCUAGAAAAAUCAAAAUCAGAAUCAGAAUCAUUUCAGCACGAGCAGCUUGAGGAAGUGGAGAUAUUCAAUUUCCAUGGUGCUGAAGAUGAAGUUAAGCUUGCUAUCUAUUUGCUCAGAAAUAUGGUGGUUCUUCAGAAGAUGAAGAUCAUUCGCAAAGGACAAUUGUAUGAAGGGGAUGGUAAAUGGAUGGAGUCCAGCUUACCAACUGCAAUUGAAAGAGAGCAAGUGCAUAAGAGACUUGCUCAAGAGGUUCCCUACAAUACCCAGUUAAUAAUUCUGUAAUAAUAAUAAUAAUAUUAUUAUUAUUGUCAUUAUCAUUAUUAUAAGCUAGUAUUAAUCUUAUUCAUUGGUACAUAGUUACCCUGUGGAGUUUUUUUUAAUAUUUGGAUCAUUUAUAAAGUAAAUCCAUCAUUGGAAGAGUGGUUUUUUAAGGCAUUGUUAUGCUGUUGUUGGAUGCUGAAAAAGAUUAUUUAUGAAAUAAUAGUUUCAACAAA